GGUGUACCGCAUGAACGGGGGGAGCUGGAGGCCUUUCUUUUCGUUUCGCGCUGGGCGAGAAGAAGACCCGCCGAAGGACUCUGAGAUGAAGUCGUGCCGCACGUGACGGGUUGUCAGGCGGACUGCGGGCCACCGCCUGCCCCGUGCGUCCGCCAUCGUCGCGCCGCAUCGUCAUGUCCGCCCAGUCGCUUCGCUCUCCGUGGCCUCUACAUCCCACUUGAGCGUCUCGUCUUCGUCUAUCAGUCAUGUCGGGUGCCGUGGGCCGUGAGCCAGUCUUCCCGACUCGUCAGUCGCUGGGGUUGAUGAAGGGUAAGCUGAAGGGCGCUGAAAUCGGCCACAGCUUGUUGAAGAGAAAGAGUGAGGCAUUGACAAAGCGAUUCCGCGAGAUCACUCGCCGUAUUGAUGAAGCCAAACAGAAGAUGGGUCGGGUGAUGCAGAUUGCCGCCUUCUCCCUGGCGGAAGUGAGCUACGCUGUCGGAGGCGAUAUCGGAUACCAGAUUCAAGAGUCCGCGAAGCAGGCCCGAUUCAGAGUCCGGACCAAGCAAGAGAACGUGUCCGGUGUCCUAUUACCUCAUUUCGAGAGCCACACGGAGGAAUCCAUCAACGACUUCGGUCUCACCGGUCUUGGAAAAGGAGGUCAGCAGGUGCAGCGAUGUCGGGAGACCUAUGCUAGGGCGGUGGAGACGUUGGUUGAGCUUGCGAGUCUACAGACCGCAUUCGUCAUUCUGGAUGAGGUGAUCAAGGUGGUUAACCGAAGAGUCAACGCCAUUGAGCAUGUUAUUAUUCCCCGUACAGAAAACACCAUCAAAUACAUCAACUCCGAACUUGACGAACUCGACAGAGAAGAGUUCUAUCGACUCAAGAAGGUUUCGGGCAAGAAACAGCGCGACAAUGCUGCUGCGGACGCCGAGAUCAUGGCUGCCCGCGAGAGAGAAGCAGCGAAGCAGCUAACAGAGGGCAAACCUGAAAAGGACGAGACGCCCGACGCCCCGGACGUUCUUGGGGAGUCGGAAGACGCAGAUGUCAUUUUCUAACGGCUAAUUUCCUUUCGUCGCACAUUGUUAUUUCCUAUACCGUUUCAUGUAACUAGUAUACUCGUUUUCUAGCAUGUAGCUGUCUUUUUUGCUUUUUGAUAUCAUUCAGAAGCUAUUUCUUUUCUUCAACUCUUCUCGCUCAUACCAAAUCCGAGCUAAGAUACAAACAAUAGGAAAGAGGC